AUGCUCAACGCUGUCCUUGUUUUCAAUAACAAUGGCCAGCCCAGAUUAACCAAGUUCUAUUCUCAACUGGAUACAGCGACACAGCAGUCAUUGCUCUCACAGAUAUUCACUCUCGUGUCUGCUCGUCCGGCCUCUGCCUGCAAUUUCCUCCCUCUUCCUCCGUUGCUCGCUCCUGCAGGCAGCAGCGCUUCUCCAGAUGCCCCGACUCAAAUCACUUACCGGCAUUACGCAACCUUGUACUUCAUUUUGAUCUCGACCUCCACAGAGUCACCGUUGGCGCUGCUCGAUUUCAUCCAAGUCUUCGUCGAAGCCCUCGACCGACUUUUCGAAAAUGUCUGUGAACUGGAUUUGAUCUUUGGGUUUGAGACUCUCCAUGCCGUCCUGAGCGAGAUGGUCGUGGGCGGCGUCGUGGUCGAAACAAACCUGGAAAAAAUUGUUGACGGUGUGAAAACCACCGAAGGCGCCAAAGUCAAACGAAGGGCUGUGAAUGCUCGCGACUCCGGGAGCUCUAUCGGCAGAGGCACUGGCUUUGCCGGUUUGGGCUGGGCGACUGGUACAGGCAGCAGCUGGAGAUAA